UAUCGGAGCACUGGUCUUGUGGUAGUGCACGGUAGUGCAGGUUCUGUAUUCUCUAUUUCCACUCGACUCUCAAGAAUCAUCGUCUUCGGGAGCAACAAUUUAAAGAUUUUAGAUGGACGAGUCCGAAGCUCAACCAAAGCAGCAAGUCGGUGGCAUGGAAGUGGAUGAAAACAAUGCUGUCGAGCAAGCCCCGGAGGACGUGACAAUGGAUGAUGUCCAGCCACCGGAGGCUGGAGCUUCUGCAGCCCCCAUCCCUAGCCAACAGCAGCAGCUACAGGCUAACAGCGCAAGAGUCAUGGCAUCCUCUGGGACUGUCGGCUCUGUGUCCAUUAGUCUCCAUCCGCUUGUUAUUAUGAAUGUCAGUGAACACUGGACUAGACUCAGAGCUCAGGAGGGCUCUGAUCAGCUUGUGUAUGGAGCACUAAUUGGAAAACAAAAAGGACGCAACAUUGAGAUUAUGAAUUCAUUCGAGUUGUUGUUUACAUGCAUCGGAGAUGAUGUCAUCAUUGACAGGGAUUAUUAUGAUACAAAAGAGAGCCACUUUAAGCAAGUAUUCAGUGAAAUGGAUUUUCUUGGCUGGUACACCACUGGUGGUUUGCCCAAUGAACGAGAUAUUAAAGUUCACAAACAGAUAUGUAAAAUCAACGAGAGUCCAGUCAUGCUAAAACUUGAUCCACGACCUAAGAGUACAGAGCAGUUACCGGUAUCGAUUUAUGAAUCAGUUAUAGAUUUAGUAAAUGGUGAAGCGACCAUGCUGUUUGUACCAUUGACAUACACACUUGCUACCGAAGAAGCAGAAAGGAUUGGCGUCGAUCACGUUGCUAGAAUGUGUACAAACGAACAGGCAGAAUGUUCAUUAGUGGCUGAACAUUUGUUAGCACAACACAGUGCGAUAAAAAUGCUUCAUUCAAGGGUAAAGUUAGUUUUGAGGUACGUUGAAGCAGUACGAAAUGGAGAGCUUCAGGGUAAUCAUGAAGUUUUAAGAGCUGCAUGCUCGUUAAGUCAUCGCUUGCCUGUAUUAAACAGUCCAAAAUUCAAAGCUGAUUUCUAUGACCAAUGUAAUGAUUUUGGCCUUAUGACGCACCUUGGCAUCAUAACUAAAGGUUGUAAUGAUACCAAUCAAUUUGUCCACAAAUUCAAUAUUUUGUAUGAUAGACAAGGCGUUGGACGUCGUGUGAGAAGUCUCUUUUUCUGAUAGCUUCGGCAGCGUCUUCGAUCAUUGUGGCGAUCAGAUCGACGAGAACAGAGAGUUCGGGUUAAGGGCUCGGCUUGUCCAUGCCGAUG